AUGACAACCUCAACACCUCAGCAAGCCUUGAACCAGCAAUCACAUGUACCAUUCUCAUCUCGACCGGUGAAGACGGCUCCGGUACCACGCUCAGAUGCAUUGAGGGAACGCCGAAGGGACAUGUUCCUACGCAAGGUCCGCCAGUCUCGCGACGACAAUAAGUGGGACUCGAGAAUAGACGAUAUGGCGAGACUCGACUAUCUCAAAGAGAAGCGACGAUGGGAAGCCGAACAAGUACGAUCCGCGCCACCACUAUACCCCGAUUUACCAGACGCCGAAGAAGACUCGUCAGAGUACGACUUACCCACAUACAACAACCAGAUGGCCUGGGAUCCACGAUCGCAGUCAGACUACCCGCUAGACCAAGAAGCAGACGCAAUCUUGCAGCAAGAGAAUGAAGAGUUGGAAGCUUUGGUGGCAUUGAUGCAAGAGGAUGAGAAUCGUCGAAACCAGCAGUCCGAAAAUCAAGACGCGCAUGACGAUCGCUCUUCGGCUUUUGGCAGCGAUGAUGAUGAGUACGACAGCAUCUUCAUGGACAUGAUAGAUGAGACUGGUGGCGCUGCUCCUGGGUCUGAGCAGCAACAGCAUCAACAUCCUCAUCCUGCAGACGAUGAAAUGGAUCUGAGCUAG